AUGGAAGUCCCACUCGCAGCGUAUGCGAGGUGCAACAACGUCCGCAGAACAUUUCGUCCCCGUAGCGACGCCUUCGAUGCAACGGAUGAAGAGUUCAUGCGUUUGUACAGACUGACGAAGCCUGUGGUACGCUGGCUAUGCGACAAGCUACGGUCCACCCUCCGUCCAAAAAGAACUCGGACAGCGCUACCUGUGGAGGGGCAAGUGUUCAUCGCCCUGCGGUUUUAUGCCACAGGAAGUUUCCAAGGGGCGGUAGCUAGCGACCGGCACGUGGCAGCGAUGCAGAGCACCAUCAGUAAGCUGCUCUUCAAGGUUACGAACGCCACAGUGGUACAGCUGGCACCCCUGUGGAUACGGUUCCCGACCAAACCCGACAAGAUCCGCGAGGUCAUGCGGGAAUUCAAGAGCAAAUGGAGGUUUCCCGGCAUGAUUGGCUGCAUAGACGGGUCGGUUAUUGGCAUCCUGGCCCCAUCUGAGAGGUGCGGCCAGUACCAGAACAGUGCUUUCUUCUGUCAGAAGCAGUACUUCGCGCUCAAUGCCAUGAUCGUGUGUGACGCGAUGAUGCAUUGCUCGUUUUGCGGCGGAGCACGUGAUGCUUAUGUGUGGAGGCACAGUGAGCUGAAGCGCGAGCUGUCCCGGAGGCACUUGGACGAACCCCGCUUCCUUCUAGGUGACAGUGGGUAUCCUUUGCAACCGUGGCUGCUGAUGCCGUUGCCUGGAGACCCUCCCCCCAACACACCGAAAGCCUGA